CACACGUUUUGAACAUUUCUAAAGCACCAAUGCUGGACUUCAAAAGCCCAUCAGAUCUGCAAUAGAGAAGUAUGGCUGGAAGCGGCAAUCUCCCCGUGCUCGUUCUUCUUCUGUUGGCCUCGUUAUCCUCUGCUCAAGGUGGUGUCGUCGAGGUUUGCAAUGGUGACCUCACCUAUACCGAUUGCAGCAACUGCUGUAGUCUGAAGAAAGGUUGUGUCUAUCUGCAACCUGGUUCAGGACAAGUCACUUGCAUUGGCGGUGAUUCAAGGGCUUGUACCCGGGAGUGCCAAGGUCCGAAGUUGGCCGUAUGCCCAUUGCCUUCAUCAGGAUUCCCAACAUCAGGCAUCAAGGUGCUCAAGGGAAAACUCCCACCCCGACAACCUGGAUGCGGUUACUACAACAUCGUUAACGGUGACCCCAUCCCGCGGCUGGAGCAGCAGGGCACAGAUCAAGGUAACCGCCUUGUUCAUUAUGUUCAGGAAGCUCAGCCCUCUCCGAUAGAGCUCAUGGCAGGAAGGAAGUGUAAGCUUGAUUCGAUUGUGGAGGUCUGCAAUGCCGAGGUCUCCAAAGAUAACUGUGGUUGCUGCUUCGGGAAAUCCGGUUGCAUCUACUUGGAGAAUCCAUCCGCAAACAGCACCUGCCUGCCUACUGAAGACCCCAUGGGGGUUUGCGCCCUCGUUUGCCUGCCCAGAGUGUCCAUUUGUGCCAAGUCUGUAACUUUUCAGGGCACCACCCUGCAGUCUUGCAGGAAUGCACGCCGCAGCUGCGAGGACAUGAAAGAGGGCUGCAGUCUCUACGAUCGCAACACCGGAGCUGAUCUCUGCGCUGCAGGGGGUAUCGCUCUGCCUGUCUAGUCUAGUUGCUGAAACUAGUUAUGGGCAUUACUAUUAUGAAUGAAUAAGGCUGCUUGCUAUAAUCCAUUGUUCUCAAGACUGAAGUAAACAAUCCUAGGCUCUCAAAUC